ACCAGGCCGCUAUCGGCUGUCAGUGGGAGCCUGGCGUGGACAAUACGAGAGUAAGGAUGUGUUGACACCAAAUCCGGGCAGAGUCCAAGGGGUCAGCACGCGACGAUCCAGGGUCAGGGCAAGGAACCCAUGAGAUUUCCUCGGACCACUCCCCAUCUUAUCAGUUGGUCAAAGCCCUCGCACUGCACUGCGACUCGCAUAUCUAUGUUUGUUGUCGUUCUCAGAAGGAGCAGAGCUCAUUUGUCAUCUUGAAUAGAGGGCUCUGAAGAACUUGGACAAAACCUUUCGUCGUUUCAACAUGGUGAAGGGUGUCACGCUUUGCGGUGUGGCCGCAUUGUUGUGGACUCUAAGUCUUGUGUCAGAUGUUGGUGCUAAAUCUAUAUCCAGGCCAAGCAGGUGCAAAAAGCAUGAUUCAUGGUUCUUGGAGAGGAAAGAAUAUCAAUACACUUACACUGGUGUUGUCCAAAGUGCCAUCACAGGGACAACAGACCACCGCUCAGGAUUCAUGUUCACUUGUGUUCUUCUGGUUACAUCUCCAAGAAAGUGUGAAAUGACAUUGGAGGUCAAGAAGUGUAACAUUAAAGAACGUGCUGCCAACCCAAACGAUCAAAAUGACUCUUUCCAAGAAAUGCAAGAAUCCAAAGAUUUUUCAGCAAAGAUGUCCAAGAAUUUGGUGUAUUUCCAAAUGAGGGAAGGACUGAUUGUAGAUGACACUGUUAUAGUUGCGGACAAUGAACCACUGGAUGUCAUGAAUGUUAAACGAGGCAUGCUUUCUGCCCUCCAGCUCAAAAUGUUGAGCAAAGAACUGUAUGAAUCACCUCAAACUGUGGUAGACAUUUAUGGCUCAUGCCCGACACAGUUUGAGAAAACAGGAGGCAGUUCAGCAGUUCACAGUCGUCGUGACCUGACUACCUGUUCUUAUCCAGAAAUCUUCUGGUACCAGUUUAGGUUCCAUUCCAUGAUAAAUGAGCUCACAGGUGGCUAUCUCAAGAAGAACUACACAGAGGUGAUCUACCCCUUUGAGUCAGCAAUUGACUGUGACUACAAGAUCAAGGGCUCCAACCUUGAAAUGGUGACCUGUUUUCAUCACCAGGCUAUGAUCCCAUUUACCUACAAUGGUUCUAUCAAGGCAGGAGCGAUGACAAACAUCAGCCAAGUCCUUGAGCUGGAUGAGGUGGUAGCACACAGAUCAAAGAAGAUAGACCGUAGCUUGAAAGACAGGCAUCUUGUCAAACUUGAGUAUGAUUUUGGGGAACCAGAACAAUCCGAUGUCACUUCAGAUGACAUGUUUGACCUCCUGUAUGAGAUGAGGGAGGCUGCAUCAUCCAAUGUGAAGAACAUCCCAUAUCUUUUCAACAAAUGUGUUCAACAGUUACGAUCUGCAUCAACAGAGUUGAUAAAAGAAGCCUAUGACAAAGUGAAAACUUGCACUGCGUCAAAAUGUGACAGGAAAACAAAGGCUGUGAUGGACUCAUUCAUGGUGGAUGGUCUGAUGUCAUGUGGUACUCCUGCUUGCAUCAGUGAGAUUUCGCGACACAUUGCUGAAACUCAGAUUGACAGUUACCUUGUGUCCGCAUUCUUGCUGGACCUGGCACUUAAUUACAACUCAGCCACAGAUAGUAUUGUGUCAAAUGUGCUGGAGAUUUGUAAAACAAAGAAGACUGGAAAUUGUCUGCUGUGGUUGAGUGGAGUGGUCAGAGCCUAUGGGGCAAAACUGGACAAGGAACAACUGCAAAAUCAAGAUGGGUCUGUGUACAAAACAUUGCGCUACAUCAGAGACCAGCUGGGAGAAAAUUGCAAACCUGGCAUAUUCAAGAAGGACUCUGACAAUCCUGAACAACUGACUGAGUUUCUUACUGCUUUAAAGGCUGUGGGUACCAUUGGCCAUUUUGCUCAAGUGUCAUUUGAUGAAACCAUGACUAAAACCAGACAACUGGUUCCAGCUCUCCUUAACUGUGCCGAAAACUCAGAACUUCCAGAUGUUGUUGUCAGAUCGGCUCUCCAGGCGCUACAGAAGAUGUACCUGGAUGACAACAUUAGAGAGAGGCUCUUCCGUCUGACCAACGACCCUACACAAACUGUCAUUGUGAGAACAACAGCUUUUGGCAUUCUUGUGCGAGAUGAAAAACGAUCAACACUGAAGAGUAUCCUUCAGCUAUUAAAGGAAGAGAAAAACUUCCAUCUGCGUACUUACAUGCUCUCCAGUGUUGUCAACAUUUUGGAGUCAAGUGAUCCAAGGUUUCGUAGCCUGCAGUCUAUGUGGAAAACACUGUUGUCAGAAUUGAAGGAAACUCUACCCGAGCUGGAUAUUUUCCUGUACAGAAAGUCUCGUUAUGGAGAACUCUCUCGGGUAGUCGUCAUACCAGUGCUUAACACCGAACUGGGCAUAACAGCAGAGGUUAACAUUGUGUAUGAGCCGACCAGCUUCUUGCCACAAUCUCUCACUGUCAACAUCAGUGUUAACCGUAAUGAUGUGGUUCAUCAUCUCUUUGAAGUGGGUGCUGACCUUUCUGGUUUUGAAAUGAUAACAGAAGCCUUGUUUGGUGAGAAGAAAAAUUCGUCAAAAAUGGGAGCCAAGGAAAUUCUACAGUUCUUGACUAGUGGAAUGACUUUGCCCAAAAUCCAGGCUGCCAUGGCACAAAUGGAAGCUGCUCGCAAAGCUGCUGCAAAAGCUGCCCAGGCUGGUGGAGCUGGGAAAUUACCACCUGGGUUCAAGUUGCCUCCAGGAUUUAAGCUGCCCCCUGAUGGCAAACUACCACCUGGGAUGAAGUUACCCCCUGGCUUUAAGCUACCUGGAGGAGGUGGUGCUGCCUCACCAGGAAAAGGUGCACCUGGGCCUGGAUCUCUGCCACCAAUGCCUCCAGGAAUGGCGACCUUGAUGGAAAUGCUGAGAAAACCAAACAUGUCCUAUAUCCCGGAUGAUUUUAGAUCACGGUUCCAAAAGAUCUUUGAAGACGUGAACUAUCCUCGCUUGACCUUUCCGUCUGGUCAUAUAUAUGUGAAGUUCAAAGGUGUGGAACUGGGCUAUACAACAUUGGAGACAUUGUUUGCCAAAGCAAAGACUGUCAGUACGGCCAAAGGUGUGUUACAGAUGAUCAGCCUGCAGAAGCUGAUUGACCAGCUUGCCAAGGGAAAGAACUUUGUGACAGGAUUCUUUGCCAAGUUUUUGGAUGUUCACAAGACCAUCCCAACCCAAUUAGGGCUACCUCUGAAACUAAGCGUGGACGGCACUAGAGCCCUGCUGGUGGACAUAUUCGUGAAGGCAAAUAUAAAGGGCAUUGCUGUAAAGGGAGAGCCUGUGAAUGGAAAUGCAACUGCUGGAGUUAGUGGUGCUUGGCAAUUUUCAGGGGAGAUAUCUGUGCCAAUGCCUACUCUACCAUACAGAACUGGUCUAAAGACAAACUUGACCAACGUUGUUAAUGUGAGCAUUGGCGGAGGGCUGGCGUUCGCUCAACGGGAACUCACCUUCUUUCGGGAAAACAUAGAGGGCCCAAGGAAUCUGCUGUCUGUGCGAGGUGAUUUGUACCUGCUACACAGAGAUACAGAGGAGAUGUUGUCCGGGUCUACAGAUCACACUGUGAAUCAUGAGAAAUGCACGUCUCCAAAGUUAACCAAGGUGACAGGAAGGAAGCUGUGCUGGGUGGCCACUUAUCAGAACGCCUCCGAGUCAGAGGCUUAUCCGUAUUUCCCAUUAACUGGGCCAGUUAGCGCUGACCUCAUCCUCAGCCCAGUGGACCCUGAAUUGCAUAGGUACAACCUUGUGUUCAAACUGAAGCAUGAAGUUAAGCCUGUUGAAGGUGCACAGGAUCCCAAAGCAGUCCAUUUAAUUCGUUACACAACUGUUGAAUACACAGCUCCUGGUGAAUCUCUUCAGCGCCAGGUUUUGGCUGAGUUUAAGCGGAAUAUGAACACAACAGCGCUUGAAGCGACAGUUUCCAUCCCUGAGUAUGAUAAUACUCUUCUGACGUUCAGUACGGCAUUUCAUCCACCCACUGCUGAGUCACCAUCCAGCUUUAAACAUUGGAACCUCACACUUGAGAGAGGGGGCAAAACACAAUAUGAAUUGGGUGUAAAUAUUAAAAAUGAUAUAAGCUUCGAAAAGGUGCCCACCAAAAGGACAGGAGAGACUUUGACCGCCAUCUCCCCCAUCAAGCACACAAUUGCCAACAUCACCAUGUCUAUCCCAAAUGUUUCCUUGGCUAUUGAUAUCUCUGAUCUUCAAAGCAAAGCUGGGACUAAUGUGGUCACCAUGAUCGAUAUGCUCUAUUUCUGUUCCCGCCAACAAUCUUUACUCUACCUGCUUCACCCUGAUCCCAAAGCUGCAAUGAAGAACGGCAACCGUAACCAAUGUCUGUUCGGAAUGAAGUCCAGUUUGCCAAGGUUGGAGAAAGAGACUGGAAAGUCACUGACAACCUCUUUUUGGUGUAUCCAGGCCAGAAUUUGACAAUUACCAACUUCAUGAGGACGGAAGAUAACAGAAGGCAUGUGUACAGAGACACAGAGGCAACAUGGCUUAACAAAAGACAAUAAAGAAGAGAAGUUAAUAAUGAAU